CCAUGCUGUUCAUCAUGCAAGUGCGAUGAAAAAUGCGGAUUACGACUCGAUUGUUGCUUUGAUGACUUGGACAAAUGUCGUCUUAAAGAUAAUGGUAUUGUUGCAUGCAUUACUCCCUAUGUUACUAAUAAAACUGACCGUUUUUAUAAUGUAGAAUAUUUAAUGAUCAAAGCAUGUAAAUUCAAAACGGGAGAUGGUUUUACAACCGAUGGAAUUAUUCCAUGCGAUCUGUAUGAUAAAAAAGGCAAAAGCCUUGUUGAACCAGUGUCUUCAAUAGAAACAGGUAAUAUCUACGUUAACGAAAAAUGCGCCAUAUGUAACAAUGUGUGUAACUUUACAAAAUGGAACUACUUUAUCCUGACACCACACCGGCAAGUGGGACCUUCCGUUUGGGAAAAUAAAAUUAAUGGAAAUCAUAGUGAUCCAAGUGUGUACAUUCCUCCCGAGGAAGAGAAUUGGUUUGUUAAGCGCUGUUCCAAAUCGGAAAAAUUGAAUAAAUGUGAUUCAAAUUCAACGUUCGAGAUAUUGUGUCGUACCUUCAAUUUGCCAUAUAUUACAGAUUGGAAUGCUUACCACAGGAAUCCGUUUUGUUCAAUCUGUGAGCAGAAAGAUCGUAUUGCGAAGGUAUGCAAAGAUGGUUCAGGACGGACAAAUAAUGGACGGUAUACUGUUCUCAUUGAUUAUUCUGUCAAAGCAUCUUCAAAGUUACGCAAAAAUGAAAUGAUUAACACAAAUUUGAAACCAGACUGUCCUAAGGAAUUUUCAGAACUGUCAAAACUGGAGUCAUGUCUCCCAAUAUACUGCCCUGAUGGUAUGUUGAUGACACCUACCGGUUGCAAAUAUUCUAUACGCCGCUGGGACAUACCAUCUUUCAAAAUACAGUUCAAGUUGUGGAAGACAACAGGAAAUGAAUUGCCUAUUUCAGCUUUGAAUGCGCUGACUCUCGAGGAACGCAAUAAUCCAUUACUAUGGAUGAAAAUACCUUGUUAUCAAGUAAAGGCAGAUGUUGUUGAAGUGGCUUAUGAAAUAGUAAAAGACGGUCAAGAGAUUGUGGAUUCAUUCGUAGUUGGUUUAAGUAAACGUACUCCAAACGGAAUAGAUCCAUCUGUCAUCAUUGAUACCCUGAGUAAAUGUCUAAAUUACCAUUGGUACAUUAAAAUUUUAGGGAAAACGUAUUCGUUCCGCCCUACCUUAGACAAGUACAAGAGUUAUGUCCAAGACGGCCAGACUGCCCGUAUCAACAGAUUUACACACGAGAGGGAGAAUGCCGUAAGACCCAAAUUAUACGAGCGCAUUUCAAAUCCAAAUAGAUUACGACUACCUAUAGUUUCACUUUAAAAACGUUUUUCUGUGACCAGAUAAUUCUACCAAUGAAUGCAGUUGAAGUGUUAUUCGGGGAAAUUCUGAUACUAUUGAAGAAUGUCACCUUGGGAGAUAACGAGUUCGCAGUUAACCUCAUUACGACACAGAAUGAAAACGGGAGUUAUAAGCGAGACCCUAAUAAAACGAAUUUCUCUGUUUGUCUAGCAGAUUAUGAUGCUUCUUACAACCGACUGCGCUCUGGGAGUACAAAAUCUUCGAGGACGUUCAUACUCGAACAACUGGUUAUUUUAUUUAUUGUAUCAUGAACGUAUCUCCAUAUGCAAAUUUAUUCAUUAGUUAUUCUUAUUUGCAAUUGCUUUUAAACUAUCGUAUUGUGGAAUGUGUUUUACCUGUAGGAAUGAUAAAUUAAUUAGUUUUC